AUGUUGGUAGCAGCGUUGAGCGUUGAACAAGCAACCAGCAAACGCGUCAACCACUUUGCCAAGACGACAGACAAUGACAGCAAACACGCGACGUGGAAAUCUGAUUUUGAAGGCAAAACUACGAUCACGUACAAGUUAGCUUUGAAUGAAGUGGUGCAAACAAUACCAACUAUUGAGUUUAACGUUGAAACUGUAAGUCCAUGCAAAGGGCUUUCGUUAACUAUAUGGGAUGUUGGUGGACAAGAAAUAUUAAGGAAACUCUGGCAACAUUACUACAACAACACUGACGGGUUUAUCUACGUUGUGGAUAGUACUGAUCAAGUUAGGUUUUCAGAAGCUAAAGAAGAGUUGCAUAAUGCACUUGAACACGAUGCAUUAAGACGUGUGCCCGUCUUAGUAUUUGCAAACAAGCAAGACAUGCCUUAUGCUGUUCCAGUAUCAAAGUUGGCCGAUGCUUUGGAGUUAAAUAAACUCGACCGGGAUCAUAAAUGGCAUAUCCAGUCUUGCUGUGCUGUUACUGGAGAUGGCCUAAUGGAAGGCUUCGAAGUUUUCGCUUCUAUGAUGAAGGAAUAUAAACAAGUGAACGCAAAACCAGCGGGCUUCGGAUUUUAAGUUAUCUCCCUUGACAGUUCAGCGAGGUACACCAUCAAUCGCUGGGAUAUUUGCCGGAUAAACAGAUUACGUUGUUUAUUUUGUAAAUCCCCAUUGUAUUACAUUGUGUUAAAACACUGUAUAAAAGAAGCUAGUAAUCAUCAUGUUAUAAGCAGUCAGUUGGCCCACCAUGCGAGGAUACAUAUUGUGGUUAUAAAGGUAUAAAACUUCAUUGUUUAUUUCAGUUUGACUUGCAACUCUGCAUUAUAUAUUAUAUAUAGUAAGUUAAUGUGGGACACAAUUAGCAUAUAAUAUCCAAAUAUCCUAAUCAUGUUUUUAACAGUCAACAACGGAAUGUUGUUUGUUUACCACCAAACGAAAUAAAAGAUGCCCCAUCUUUCUCCAGCCUAAUAAAGUAAUUUCCUAAACUGUAAA